CACAACAAACCAGUCGGAAUCGGUACGCACACACACACAAACAUCGCACAAUGAGCGAUAGCGAGAGUAUUGAGCUACCCAGUCAUGUUAGGAAUGCAUUAUUGGAGAUCUAUAAACGUCACGAUCAACCGAUGAUCAUAGAGGCCGCUUCGGGUGUGGGUGAGAAUAUCUAUGGGCAAGUUUUGCGCAUCAGUUGGCCUACACUGAAAGAUGCAUCUUCAGUGGUGGUAAAAAUGGCGCCAAAAAAUGAAGCCAGACGGGCUCACACUCAUGUGGCGGACUAUUAUAAGCGAGAAGUUUUCAUGUAUGAGAAUGUGUUUCGAGCUUACAGAGAAUUGGCGCAGGAAACAGGAAAUCGUUUUGAUGUAACGCCGGCAUUAAUCACUUCCGGUCUACAGGCACCGGAAGAGUUCAUAAUUUUUGAGGACUUAAAUGUUGGAGGCUAUACGAGAAAUGCUCGUAGCUCUAUGCCCACAAGUGGCUUGGUAAUCUCUUCGGUGAAGGCUCUGGCCAAAUUGCAUGGACUUUCGUUUGCAUUACAGCACACGAAACCUGAGAAGUUCUCGGAAUUGAUCGAUAAAGUGAAAGAGGAUAAUCUAUUCACUCCCCACAUGGAGGCUGUGUCCAUUGAAUUCGGUAGAGCGCAAUUAAGACGCACUCAACGUAUGCUACAAGAUGAGGAGCAAACAGAGGAGUCGCAGCUCUUGCAGCGGGUGAUUAAAAACUGCGAUGAUAAGUUCAAGGAUUUCCCUCUCUACUGUGUGGAUGGGGCGUCUCAAUCCCCCUAUGCAGUUAUUUGUCAUGGUGAUUUUUGGAACAACAACAUCCUCUAUAAAAACAAAUCUGCGACUAAUGAUGACAAAACAAUCGAUGCCAAACUAAUUGAUUUUCAAAUGUCACGAUAUGCCUCGCCAGUUUUAGAUUUGGUUCACUAUCUAUUUGCCUGCACCGAGAAACCAUUAAGAGAUACAAAUUUCCAGAGCUUUAUGGACAUUUACCAUGAGACAUUGGCUUUAAAUUUAAAGAGCUUCAACUUGGAAAUCGAAAAUAUCUAUCCACGUGACAUUUUCGAUCGGCAAUUGUGUGACUUUGGUGUCUAUGGUCUUAUUAUGGCGGCAUUUUCCAUGCCCUUUUUCGUUUCCCAGGCCGAUGAAAUAGUCAAUAUUGAUAAAGUAUCCGAGGCCAUCCAGGAUCUAUCAGCCACAUCCUCUGACGAAGAUGCUCCCAAGUGUCAAGAGCUAAUUGAGGAAUUUGAAAUGCUAAAUGAGCGUACUUUACCCAUUUUCAAACGCCGAAUGACCGGUGUAGUGUGUGAUAUAAUCAAGUACAAGAUGGCCGAGAAGCUAUUCCAAUUGUAAUUGUGAUUUUUAACAGUAUUUAGAAAAAAAGGAAAACACAAAGAAAACAUUUAUCAAUUGAACAAAGCAAUAUAUUAGCAAUAGUUUCUUUUUUUCGAAGAGAUACAAUAAGAAAAAGAUCUUUCUUAUGUUGUAUUCUCCAAAAGGAAGUUUUCUUUUUUAAAUUUGAUUACUCAUCGGUGGUUAACUGCAGUAUUUUUCGACGGCUCACUAGGUAAGUGGGUCAAAUAAAAAAAGAGGUUCAAUGACCCAACCGAGGGCCGUCCGUUCUCGCAUUCAAUGACAAUGAAAGCUAAAUCUUCAACGAAGAGAAAACUUUCAGUAAACACACAUCAAUCUCUUUUGAAGAAAAACCCAACAGCACUGACAUAGGACCGAUGCAACAUUAUAUAUUCCCUUUAUGUCAAGUUCAUUGCCCGAUAUAUGAAUAUUAUACUCUAUAGAGAGGAGACUAGAGCGUACAUAGAUUAGAUUCAAUUUGACCUUGCAUUAGAUUUUUGA